UUUUGGGAAAGUGACAGUGUGUCAAUGGCCGCAGAUGCGUCGCAAAGGAAGUCUCUGAGAUAUCAGCAAACCCUGCUAUAUGGCGAGUACAGGGAACCCCCUGGUGGGUCCCAGCGAAGAGAGGCCACCCGCCUACUAACAGAGAGGCAGCGGAAAAAACAUGGUGGGCAUCAUCACCACGGGCACCACCAUGGGCACCACCACCAUCAUGGUCACCAUGGACAGACUCACAGUGGAAAUCGUCAUCAUAGCCACCGCCAUCACAGCCACCAUCAUCAACAGCUGGAGACAGGGAGUGCUCCUGACAAACAGGAGCAAGAGCAGACACAGACCUCCUCAUUCAAGAAACGCCGCUCUUAUUCCAAGUGCAGAGAUUGUGUGGCUCGAGUACAGAAGUUCCUAGUCUCUAAAUUGGGAGAAGACUGGAUCUUCCUGGUGCUCCUGGGUAUUACUAUGGCAUUAGUAAGCUGGAGUAUGGAUUAUGCAAGUGCAAAGAGUCUUCAAGCCUAUAAAUGGUUUUAUGGGGAGUUGAAGGGAAACAUCGCACUGCAGUACCUGGUCUGGGUUUUCUAUCCUAUGGCACUCAUCAUAUUUGCCUCUCUGUUCUGCCACCUGCUUGCUCCUCAGGCCAUUGGCUCUGGUAUUCCAGAGCUGAAAACCAUCCUCCGAGGUGUUGUCCUAAAGGAGUAUUUGACACUCAAAGCAUUUAUUGCCAAAGUGGUUGGACUCACUGCUGGCCUCGGCAGUGGAUUGCCAGUUGGUAAAGAGGGUCCUUUCGUUCACAUAGCCAGUAUCUGUGCGGCUGUGCUCAGCAGGUUUAUGUCCUUCUUCUCUGGAGUCUAUCAGAGCCCAUACUGUUACGCAGACAUCCUCACAGUGGGUUGUGCUGUGGGGGUCGGAUGCUGUUUUGGGACCCCUCUUGGAGGUGUGUUGUUCAGCAUUGAGGUCACAUCAACCUAUUUUGCUGUGAGAAACUACUGGAGGGGCUACUUCGCUGCCACAUUCAGUGCUUUUAUAUUCAGAGUGCUGUCUGUGUUCAAUAAAGAUGCAGUGACCAUCACUGCUCUCUUCCGCACCAACUUCCGAAUGGAUUUUCCCUUCGAUCUACAGGAGCUCCCAGCGUUCGCCAUUAUUGGGAUAUCAUGUGGCUUUCUUGGAGCUUUCUUUGUUUACCUGAACCGUCAAGUUGUCCUGUUCAUGAGGAAACCGAACAUUCUCACCCGCUUCCUAACAAAACAUCGGCUGAUUUUCCCUGCUGUUGUGACCUUAGUGAUUACGACGCUGACAUUCCCCCCGGGCUUUGGACAAUUUAUGGCUGGAGAGCUGAUGCCCAGAGAAUGCAUCAACUCUCUGUUUGAUAACUUCACCUGGACUAAAAUAGUGAGUUCAUCUCUACCACCUGGUAUUGGACGCUCAGCUAUCUGGUUUCACCCUGACGUCAGCGUCUUUAUCAUUCUAAUUCUCUUCUUCAUCAUGAAGUUCUGGAUGUCAGCAGUUUCCACCACCAUGCCCAUCCCAUCUGGAGCCUUCAUGCCUGUUUUUGUAUUGGGUGCCGCAUUUGGUCGAUUAGUGGGUGAGAUUAUGGCCACUCUGUUUCCUAAUGGGAUCCUGUUUGAUGGAAUACUGUACCGCAUCAUCCCUGGAGGGUACGCUGUCAUUGGCGCCGCAGCACUGACGGGCGCGGUCACCCACACCGUUUCCACAGCUGUGAUUUGUUUCGAGCUGACCGGUCAAAUAUCUCACAUCCUCCCCAUGAUGGUUGCUGUCAUACUAGCCAACAUGGUUGCCCAGGGUCUGCAGCCCUCGCUGUACGAUUCCAUCAUCCAGGUCAAGAAGCUGCCGUAUCUCCCCGAGCUGGGCUUCGGCCACAUAAGCCAAUAUAAUAUCUUUGUGGAGGACAUCAUGGUUAGAAAAGUCAAGUUUAUAUGUUCCCAGUCUACAUACAGGGAAGUUGUGUAUUUACUGGAUACAGUUUCCCUGAAAACCUUCCCGCUGGUUGACUCGAAAGAAUCUAUGAUUUUAUUGGGCAGCAUUGACAGAUCUGAGCUCCUCGCUCUCUGUGAUUGGUGGCUGUCGGUUGAGAGGCGGAUCUUAAUGCAAAGGCAGGGCUCGCUAGGACAGGUGCCAUGUGCCAGAGUCAGCUGGGAAUCACUUUCCUUUGUUGAUGAAGAUGGAGAGGAGAACGAAGAUGAUAAUGUAUCUGUCAAAGGGAUACAGAAAGAGACGAUUCCAGUUCAAGAGGAAAGAAACGGUCCUUUGCCACCUGCUAAACCCUCUGAACCAUCAACCAACCAUACAUCUCCUGAUAAGGCUCCUUCCCCGUCUUUCGGGAGAAUAUUAAGAAACUUCUUUUCCUCCUCUCCAGAAAAACACACAGAAGGUCAGCCACAGGAGUCCAAUGUUCCACCUCUAACAGACACAAUGACACCAGAGGAGAUUAAAGCCUGGGAAGAGGCAGAAAUGGACAAACCUUUAGAAAUCGAUCAGAUCAGAAUCGACCCCUCACCUUUCCAGCUGGUAGAGAGAACAUCACUGCAUAAGACUCAUACUCUGUUCUCUUUACUGGGAUUGAGUCAUGCCUAUGUAACCAAUACUGGUAAACUGGUGGGAGUUGUAGCACUGAAAGAGCUUCAAAAAGCCAUCGAGGGCUCCACUCGCAGUGGCGUGCGCUUACGCCCCCCUCUGGCCAGUUUCCGGGACCACCUUCGUAAAUGUGCGAAUCCUCCUAAUGCCUCCUCCCCUCCGUCAUCUCCGUGCUCCACCACGGCCCCCUCCUCACCUCUGUCAGCCCCUGUGGUCCCUCAAGUCCAAUCCCUGAGCCCAGCAACCCCGGUGAAAGCAAAGAAAGAAGAGGCAGAGGUGUGGAUUGAGGGUGUCAAACGUGAUGUGAUUGUGAAGAGCACCAGCAGUUCAAGCACAGUAAGCAGCAGCAGCAGUACAGGGGCAGGAAGUAGUGACAGUGAGGCAGGAAGGCCUAAUAUUAGCCCGACCCCGCUACCCCCCAUCCCUCUCUCCACACUGCAGCAUGUCAAUGAAAUCAAGGAGGGUGAAGAUGAGGAUGAGGAGCCACUUUAGAAUGUGUUUUUUCUUUGACGUGUGAUCAUUGUAUUUUAAUUCACUUUUAUAUUACGAUUUCAUGUUUUUUAUUCAUGCAUUUGGUUCAAAAGGUUUUACAAUGUCCCACAUGCUUUCUCUUGCUUUUCCUUAUUAUUCUCUUUUAAAGAAUGUCUGUUACGCUAUAGUAUAAACUUUGGUUGCGCAGUGUGCCCCAGAAAUACUAUUAUAUCAUGACAAUUGUUACUGAAGUUUUGACCGAAAAGGUGCCCCCCCCCAAUAUAACUUAUAACAAUAUAAGGGGACAUAUCAUGAAAAUCUGACUUUUCCAUGUUUAAGUGCUAUAAUUGGGUCCCCAGUGCUUCUGUCAACCUAGAAAAUGUGAAAAAGAUCAACCCAAUAACUUAGUUUUGGUAAACCACUCUCUGCAAGUAUGUGAAAAAAUAGGUAAUUGAAAUUUGUGAUGUCAUAAGGGGGUAAUACCGUCCCUUAAUCUGCACUAUCCAACCACGGCACUGCCAUUAAGAGCAGAAAUCAGCUAAUUUGCAUUUUAAAAGACACACCUAAGAACAGCUAAUUUUGCUCACCCCUACAAAGUGGCAAUUUUUACAUGAUAUAAAAAAUUAUAUGAUAUUUUGAGCUAAAACUUCACAUAUGUACUUUGGGGACACCAAAGAUUUAUUUGGCAUCUUAAAGAAAGUCUUGUGAAAUGUCCCCUUUAAUGUUUUCUGUGAUUAUUCUGUCAACUCACCCACAUAUCAUUUUAAAAUAUUUUUAAGUAUUUUUCAGUUCAUAAGUUUCGAACAAAGGGAAUAUUUUAUUGAAUGUGACAAUUUCUGACAAACAUAUCUUUAAGCUAAAGUUGGCCAGCAGGUGGCACAUUGUGAAUUUGAAAAUGACCUAAAAUAUAUAUUUUGUACUCUUUAACACAGUAUUUGUCAACUAUAUCUCUUCUAUAUUUUGAAACAAUUUUGAUUCAGGGUGUGUGCAUUGUCUUUUAAUAAAAUGCAUCAUAUGAUUUAUGUCUUCAUGUUAAUUAUCAAAAUAACUCUCUCAGGUGUCUUUCAUCAUGUCUUUAAACCAACACUCUGCUUUUUAUGAACUUUUUAUCUGUGAUCUACUUUCUCCUUUUGUCUAUUUGUGAUUUUGUCUAUUUAAUGAAGUUUGAGCAGUUACAUUUAUUUGCCUCAAUUUGUCAUGUUUAUUUAUUUAUUCACAUCUUUUCUUCUGCACUCUCAAACAAAAAGUAUAAAAACUGUCACUGGGGCUGUACCCUUUCAAAACGUACAACUUUGUACCGAAAGGGUGCAUAUUAGUACAUUAUGGGGUGGUUUCCCGGACAGGGCUCAUCCUAGUCUCAGACUAAAAUGC